UGCGUCACCGCGCUUACGUGUAGUCCUGGCGCAAGUCUCGCGUGAUGUGACUUGUGGGCCGGGAUUUCCUGUAAGACAGGAGUCACCCAUGGCAGUCAGUAUGGCAUCCCAGUUCUUCUCCCAAGAGGAGGGGACAUCAGAAGUUGUAUCCACAUCUGAGAGGGUUGUGGAAUUAUUGAAUAUGGCUGCUCUUGCUACAAAUGAUUCCAAAAUUACCAUGCUUAAACAGGUUCAAGAACUCAUAAUAAACAAGGACCCCACUUUGCUGGACAACUUUCUUGAUGAAAUAAUUGCUUUUCAAGCAGACAAAUCUGUAGAAGUCCGAAAAUUUGUGGUAAAUUUCAUAGAAGAAGCUUGUAAACUGGACAAUGAGCUUCUGAUUAAAUUAAUCGCCAACCUUCAUAUGCUACUGAAGGAUGAGAAUGUCAAUGUGGUGAAGAAGUCCAUUUUGACCAUGACCCAGCUGUAUAAAGUGGCCCUUCAGUGGGUUGCUCGCUCCCGCCCUCCAUCUGAGCAACAAGAAUCCUGCUGGGACCUUGUAACUGAGAUGGCUGCAGACAUCCUCCUCUUGUUGGAAUCGGAUAAUGAUGGCAUCCGCACUCAUGCAGUAAAGUUUGUAGAAAGUUUGAUUGUCACCUUGUCUCCUCGUACCCCUGACAGUGAAGUUCCAAAAAGACAAGAAGGGGACAUCAGCCUAGAGCAGAUCCCUUCUGACCAUGCAUUCCUUAAAUAUAAUACACUGCGAGAUGUAGGAAAACAGGCUGUGAAGGAACUUCUAAAGUUUAUGGCUCACCCUGCUAUCUCCAGCAUCAACCUUACAGCAGCCCUUGGAUCUUUAGCAUCGAUUGCUCGACAGAGGCCGAUGUUUAUGGCAGAAGUUAUCCAGGCUUAUGAGACCCUGCAUGCCAACCUACCCCCUACACUAGCAAAGUCCCAAGUGAGCAGUGUGCGUAAAAAUCUCAAACUGCAGCUAUUGAGUGUACUGCGUCAUUCAUCAUCUUAUGAGUACCAGGGGCCUAUAAGUACUCUCCUGUUAGACUUGGGUACUAGCCAGGGAGAGAUAACCAGACAUCUUCCUCCGCCAAGGGACAGCAACCGGAAAAGGGCCAGGGAAGAUGGUGAAGGGGGACAAAAGAAGAGCCGCACUGACAUUCCACUGCCUGAUGACGAUGAUGAUAAAGACACAAUACAGCUUCCCACCAUUCCUGCUCCUGCACCAAGCACGCAGUCGGCUACAGACAUCACAGCUGAAUUCCUGCGCCCACUGCUUUCCCCAGAGAAUGUGGCAAACCUGGUGCUCAUCAGUAUGGUGUAUCUACCGGAUUCCAUGCCUGCCUCCUUCCAGGCCACUUACACUCCAGUUGAGUCAGCUGGGACUGACGCCCAGAUUCGCCAUCUUGCUAGACUCAUGGCUACACAAAUGACAUCAGUUGGCAUUGGUCCAGGGGUUGAGCAGACAAAAGAUGUUCCAGUGGAUGUAGUGGAGGAAGAGAACACCAAGCCUGAGGGGUUGGUGAUCAAACGCCGGAUUUCUGCACUUACCAAGGGACAGGCUAUAUCUGUUUUGGGAUGUCAGAGUGAGAAGGCUAAAGAAGAAGAGGAGGAGGAAGAUGCUCCACUUGCCAAGAAGCGGCCUGAACCUAUACUACCAGCAACUCAGAUCAGGCCUUCUGGUGUUGGAGGUCGUAAGAAGGUAUUUAGGUUGAAGGAAGUCACAGAGCCACUUACAGAGGUCCAAAUGAAAUCAUUAAAAUUGGGAGCUGUGCAGCGGAUCCUCCAGGCUGAGCGCACAGUGGGUAGCUCAGGGGCUUCCCAGAUGCGAGUGAAGGUUCUAGCACGCCUUGUGACCCAGCUAGAUAUAAGUGUAAAAGCUGAAGUCUUGUCCCACUUUCUGAGUGAUCCUCGAAUGCGACUUGACCUAGCUUUGGCUUGGCUGUACCAGGAAUACUGUGAAUACCAGUCUGGUGCUGGAGAGGAGGCAUACCAAGAAUGUCUAAUUGGGAUAUUGACUGGUCUGCAAGAGCGGCCUGACCAGCGAGAUGGGGUCUUCACAAAAGUUGUCCUUGAAGCUCCUUUGCUCACAGACUCUGCCUUGGAUGUAUUGCGGAAAUACUGCGAGGAUGAGGGGCGCAGUUAUUUGGGUAUGUCCACCUUGCGGGAUUUAAUCUUAACUCGACCAGCUCGCCAGUUCCAGUAUCUGCAUCUUUUGUUGGAUCUGAGCUCUCAUGAAAAAGAUAAGAUCCGCCAGCAGUCACUGCACUUUAUUAAACGAAUGUAUGAGAAAGAAAGUCUUCGCCCAUACAUUGAGAAAUUCGCUCUCAAUUACUUGCAGCUUUUAGUCCACCCUAACCCACCAUCUGUUCUUUUUGGGGCAGAUAAGGACACAGAGGUGGCAGCUCCAUGGACUGAAGACACUGUAAAGCAGUGUCUCUAUCUGUACCUGGCACUGCUGCCGCAAAAUCACAAACUGAUCCAUGAGUUGGCGUCUGUCUAUACUGAGGCCACAGCUGACAUCAAGAGGACAGUGCUGAGGGUUAUUGAAACACCGAUAAGAGGGAUGGGAAUGAACUCACCUGAAUUGCUUCUGUUAGUGGAAAACUGCCCGAAAGGAGCUGAGACUUUAGUGACUCGCUGCCUGCAUAUCUUGACUGACAAAGUGCCCCCAUCCCCUGAACUGGUAAAGCGUGUCAGGGAACUGUAUCACAAGAGGCUCCCAGAUGUCAGGUUUUUGAUACCUGUGCUUAAUGGACUUGACAAGAAAGAAGUCAUUCAGGCUCUACCAAAACUCAUAAAGCUGAACCCAAUAGUGGUGAAAGAAGUGUUCAACCGACUUUUGGGGACACAACAUGGUGAAGUUAGUUCUUCCAUGUCUCCUUUGACCCCUGGGGAUCUUCUGGUUGCUCUUCAUAACAUAGAUUCCAGUAAAUGUGAUAUGAAAUCUGUCAUAAAAGCUACCAAUUUGUGUUUCUCUGCCCGUUCUGUGUACACAUCAGAGGUUCUUGCUGUGGUCCUUCAGCAACUGAUGGAUACCACCCCUCUCCCUAUGCUUCUUAUGAGGACAGUUAUCCAGGCUUUAGGAAUGUAUCCAAGACUGGGGGGCUUCAUCAUGAAUAUACUUACUCGUCUUAUUUACAAGCAGGUUUGGAAAUAUCCAAAGGUUUGGGAAGGGUUUAUUAAAUGCUGCCAGAGAACCAAACCACAGUCCUUCAGUGUUCUGCUCCAGCUUCCACCCCCACAACUAUUGUCUGUUCUCCAGACAUCGCCAGACCUCCGUGAUCCUCUUCUUGUGCAUGUUAGGGCUUUUACACCACACCAGCUAGCACAUGUUCCUCAUUCCAUAAUGGCUAUACUAGAAGCUGAAUCAAGGACAGACACUGGAGCAGAAGAAUCUGCGCAAGUUGAAGAGGAGCAAGAUACCCCAGCCCAGGAUAUCAUUGCCCGAAGGCUGGCUCAAGAAAAAUCCUUAAAAAAACAAAUAGAGGAACAAAAGGGACGAAACAAUCAAGAGAUGGAAGAGGUAGCAGAGGUUGACCCACCUGCCAUCUUUAUAGCUGAAGAAGAAGAGGAGGAGGAUUCCAUGAAGUCUCAAGGAAAAGAGGUACCCCAAGAGGACAGUAGUAGUAAUGCUACCACCGCAGAAAAAUCUCCAGUAGCCGAUGAACCCAUGGAAGAGGAUCCAGUAGAGAAGAAAGACUGACACAGCAAUUUCCUUAUACAAUUUCUAGAAGUGAGAUCCUCCCAUGCCGCUCAGACCAAUAAAAAAAAAAAAAAAAAGAAAAA